CAAGAUCGUGACCUGAAACGUCGCAUCCGCAUGCUAAAAGUCGCAUCGAGAAUUCUGGCAGUCAUUCUUUCCAUCGCGACAUUGAUCCCUCUGCUCAUGACCAUCUCCAAAUUCCUGGCGACUUGCAAAGUCCAAUACUUCGUCAAUGGCCAGACGCGAACGGCAUGGGCGAACAAUACCAUCACCGCAUACACGUACUCUUACGCUGUCAUGAUCGGGAUAUCGCUGAUUCUCAACGUCUCGGUGCUGCUUGCAUACUGCUGCAAGGAAGGGAUCCGCUCAGCGAAUCGAGUAGCAAGAGUAGCAACCACCUGGGCUUGGUUGAUUAUCACGGCGGACAUUGUGAUCUUGAGCAUAUCGCUCAGUGUAUACCGGUACGGGAAAGAGCCUGUGGAUGGCAGAUUCAGGGAUCUAUGGGGCUGGACAUGUUCGAGCGCGGCGCGAGAACUGCAGGAAGUCUUGACUAGCGUUGAUUUCGAUUAUUACUGCAAUUUUCAGUCGAGCUCUUUCUGCUUCGGAUUAGCCAGUGCAGCUGGGGAGAUCCUGAGUGCUAUUCUUUUAACGCUUUCGAUUCAACGACGGAGGUCCAAGAAGCAAGUC